UUGCCAGAGGUAUUGUCACACUCUUUCCGUCACUUCAGAUUAAAAUGGAGGAAGAAAAUGAAGGAUAUGAGCAUUUUUACGAUCCAACGAGCCACUCAGGCUUUCUUGAGGACAAACUGAGAAAUCUACGGCGGAACCUUAGAGACGAUCAGCGGCGUUAUUGCAAAAUUGGUUUGGGUCGUGGGUCAUCUGAAAUCACUGUUACACUGGAAGAAGUUACAGAGGGGGAUGAAGAGUCUGCCAAACAGUGGAUAACUGUGAUUAAGAGGAUGAAGCCUACUCCUGAGAAUCUUUCGUCAAUUAAGAUGGGUAUGGAGAAGACCUACGCCCACCGUAGGUUUUGGAUAACGAGUCAGUCACCCACUGUGGCAGACAUUUUUGAACACUACCCCCGCUUCAUUGAUAUGCCAUAUCUGAUCGACAAGGACUUUGGGGAAAUGUUUCCAGGGAAAGCAGAUCUCUUUCUCCGCAAAUGGGAAGCUACCAUUGUCCCAAAGUUGCUAAAGCUGGCUGCACUGGAAAAGAAUGUUGAAGGACCACCACAACCUGAGAGUGCUGAAUCAAAGUGCUUCACAGCCCUCAAGAUGCUGACCCACUAUCUGCCACCUACUGCAUCGGGAAGAAGUCAGGGAUGGAGUAAAUGCAGCGUGAAGUCAGCUCUAUCUUACAUCUUGGACGUAAAGCCUACAGGAACCAGCAUCAAUAGCCUCCUGGAGAGCCCUGAGACCGCAACAACAGUGAACCAACCAUGCCUUGUGAGCUUAGGACACCCCAGCUCAGCAGUGCAGUAUGUCAUUAUCGCAGCCACUGAUCGUGUUGUGAUUCCACUUCAGGAUGAAGGCCUGACAUGCAGUCUUGACAAACUCUUUAAGCUGUACUGGGUUUGCAACCUGGCCUAUCCUUUACAGGUUGCAGCAGUCUUUAAGUUCAUGGAGCAUCUUUAUGGCAUGCAGAUCUCUGGUGGGAAGAGAUCUAGAAUCAUGAAACAAACAAAACUCCAGGUUCUGUAA